CGAAUGAAUGUAAAGACUUGAUAAAUCUCUAAAAUGAAAGUUGAUUUAUUUGUGUCAAUUUAUGGUUUGAUUUGAAAUCUGACCAAUUUAAGAAAAAACAUUUACUAGUGUUAAUUAUGUCUUUUUUGGUGUAGUUUGAUAUAGUAAGCUCUAAAAUACGAUAAGGAUAAAUUCAAAGAAGAUCUGAAUAAUACUGAAUAUAUCUUAAUUUUUGGUAUUCUUUAAGUUUGCACUACUAGAUUUAUUUUUCUGGUAAACAAAAAAAAUAUACCAUUUCUAAACAAUGAGUCACUUGUGUGUGUAAAGCUAAUUCUUGAAUUACUAAAUUGAUUUUGAAUGUGAUUUUUCGUUUGUCUCAAAAAUGGCUGAUUUAAUUCGAGCUAUGGGGGCGCCCAUAGGACCCCCUGUAAAGGACAAAUUAGGAUCUCCAUCCACUGAAUCAGAAGACGGGGGUGGUGACAUUGCCGAAUUGGCAGCUGAAUUAGAGUUAGACGAAGCAGACGGACCAAGCACUAAUGGUGAGCGUCAAGCCGUGCUGGCCCCGCCGGAGACUGAAUGGUACCACGGCCGUCUAGACAGGUAUACAUCUGAGGAGCGUCUGUGGGCUGCCAGCAAACAAGGAAGCUACUUGGUGCGUGAGAGUGAUCGUAAACCAGGAUCAUAUGUUCUGAGUUAUUUAGGACGCACAGGAAUUAAUCACUUCAGGAUAACAGCGGUGUGUGGAGAUUACUACAUUGGAGGUCGACAGUUUGAUUCUUUAACUGAACUUGUGGGCUUCUACAGUCACUGUUCUGACUUAUUGAAAAGAGAACGACUGGUAGAGCCAGUACCACCACCAGAACCAGUGAACGAUAAGAAGAGGGUUGUUGCAAUUUUACCUUAUACAAAAAUGCCCGACACUGAUGAAUUGACUUUUCAAAAGGGCGACAUCUUUUUUGUACAUAAUGACAUGGGUGAUGGAUGGCUCUGGGUCACAGCUCAUAGGACCGGUGAACAGGGAAUGAUAUUUAGAGAGUUGGUUGAAGAUCUGGAUCCUUCUAUCGAUCCAAACACGGUAUUUUCGUGGUUCCAUCCAAACUGUACCAAGAGUGAAGCAGUUGACAUGCUAGUCAAGGCGGGCCCUGGAAGUUUCCUCGUCAGACCAUCUGAUAAUUCUCCAGGAGACUAUUCUUUGUUCUUUCACAUUAACAACCAGAUUCAAAGGUUCAGGAUUGAGAAGAAGGGCGUCAGGUACUUGAUGGGAGGUCGAACCUUUGAGUGCUUGGAUGCUGUGAUCAAUAGAUAUAGGAAAGAACAAAUUGUUGAAGGACACACUUUAGGUCAGCCGCUUAUUGCGGAAGGUCACACUAUCGAGCCGCAGCAAAGUACAACAGGGGCUGCAGCUGAAAAGAUAUAUGCAACAUUACGCGAAUGUCGAGAUCAGAUCGGUCUGAAAAAGACGAAAGGAAUCAAGCACUAUGGGUAUCUGAACAAGAAAUCUGACAAGGGUGCUAAAAAAUGGAAGCCUUUAUACUGUGUGCUAUUACAGGAAGGAACCGACACACAUUUGUAUUUUUACGAUUCGCCGAAAAGGACCAAACCAAAAGGACUCAUCGAUCUAUCAUGCGCAUAUCUUUACCAGGUUCACGAAUCACUUUGGGAAAAGGAGUUUUGUUUCCAACUCGUCGAACGUGCCCUACCAUGUCUCUCUACACAUACAUUCUUGGCUGCCAAUACUGCUACUGAGGAGAGGGCCUGGAUUGAGGCUCUAAGACCUUUAUGUGUGCCGCAGCAAGCACGACACCAGUGCAAGGUGGGGCGCGUGUCGUGGGUGCGUUGGCUGCGCGUGCGUUGCCUGACGGCGCACCGGCUGCCCGCCCGCCUGGCGCCGCGCCCGCACCUGCGCGUGCUGCUGGGCGCCGCGCCCGUCGCCCGCACCCGCCCGCGCCCCUCGCCCGAUCCGCACUGGGACGACGAGUUCUUCUUCGAUGAUAUGCCUCCAGAUGUAACUUCAUUUACAAUUACCGUACAUAAUACAGGGAAAAGAGGAAAAGAAUCUGAAGUGGCUGAACUGACUAUAGAACUCGCAAAUUUGGCAAACGGUGAAGAAAUAGAAGAAUGGUAUCCCUUAGUAGGAAUGACUCCUAUUGGGGAGUGGGGAUCCUUGAGACUGCGGAUAAGGUAUAUGCAAGAAUUAGUAAUGCCUCGUGAAGAGUACAACCCGCUUCGUCAAUUGUUGCUGGAACCGGGCAUUCCGGCUGUGAAGGCGUUAGCAGAUCUUUGCAGGACCGAUCGACAACCUUUGGCAACAUCGGUGCUGAACACGUUCGCGGAGUGCGGGCGCGGCGCGGAGCUGGCCCGCGAGCUCACGUGCGCGGAGGUGGCGCGCGAGGGCGACCACAAGACGCUGUUCCGCGGCGCCUCGCUCGCCACCGCCGUGCUCGACGAGUUCAUGCGCGCCCACUGCAAGCCCUUCCUACAGGCGGCGAUUUCGGAAACCAUUCAAAAGCUGAUUGAUUCUAAACAGACAGCAGAAUUGAAUCCCACUAAGAUGGAUUCACCUGACGACGCGUGUAACAAUGCUGAAUUUUUACUUAUGAUUCUCGAUCAGAUUACCCUAUCAAUAUUUACUUCACCGGAAGCAUGCCCUAAGCCGGUGAGAUAUCUGUGCGGGUGUCUGCAGCGAGCCGCGGUCGCCAAGUGGCCCAACGAACGCUUUGUACGCACCAGGGUCGUCUCAGGGUUCAUAUUCCUGCGGCUGAUCUGUCCGGCGCUGGUGGAGCCGCGAGCGUGGACGCUGGUGCAGCGGGCGCCGCCCCCGCACGCGCAGCGCUCGCUGCUCAUGGUCGCCAAGUGUCUGCAGAACCUCGCCAACCUCGUCGAGUUCGGAGCCAAGGAACCUUACAUGGAAGUAGUGAAUCCGUUCAUCUUAAAGAACAAAGAGAGGAUGGUCGUCUUCCUAGAUCAACUGAGUAACGUGCCAGAUCCUGGAAAUUCGCCGCCCAAUUCUAAUGUCAAUUUUGAAAUCGCAAAAGAGCUAGCGACUCUCCAUCAUAUUUGUGUGGCGCAUUUGACUGAGCUUCAAGGAUUGGCUAAGAACCAACCGGCGAUACGUAAACUUGUCACCGUGACCGAGAUGCUCACUAAACAUAAGCAAAAAUAUCUAGAGAUGAUCAGAUAAAAUUUGCGUCAGAAGACAGGGUAAAGCUGCGAGACCUCGGAAAUUAUUAACUGUAGCAAAUAGAUACAGGCUUAGCAAUAAAGACUUCCGUACAGUUUUAGAUGCGUAUCUUAGUCAUUUUAGCUUUAUUUAACUUUUUUAUAACUACCUACGUAUUCUAAAAUUGUAUUUCAAGCUUUCGGUGCCAAAAGAUUUCUUUUUCAAAGUUUCCAGAUGUUAAAUCGGGAAUCUUGUUAUGGAAUUACUAUAUCUUACGUUUUAUUUAAAUAUUUUAAAUGUAUUUGUAAUCAGUAUGUCAAUAGUAUAAUGUUAGGUUGUAUUGGUAAUCGAAAUGCUCUCUUACUUUAGAAUAUAAUUUAUUUUUAGGCUUGUUUUCGAUUUUAGCAAUCUUUAUUUAUAAAUUAAGAAUCCCAGAAAAUUUAUUAACAUUCAGAAGACUAGUUUGCAAGAGAAAUAAUCCUCAUUGAAAUUUCGUAUUUCAAUAAAGACUUAGAAAAACGUUACCAAAUGCGUAUAAAUAGAAAAUGCUUUAAAAAAAAAACUUAGAACUUGACCAUAGAAUAUUAACCUUUUAUAAUUAGGCAUUCUAAUCGAUUUGUACUUUUAUAUUUGAAAAUAAUAAGUAUGUAGAUUUUGUGUAAGACUUUUGAAAAAUUAUAUGAAUGAAUGAACAAAAAUCCGUAUUGUGAUGAUAUAAAGUAAAAAACGAAAAUAUAUACAUGCAUGCCCAAUUAAGGUGCAAUACAAAAUGAUUUAAUUUUUUCCUGUACAAAAGAAAGUGUGUUGAUAAACAUUUGUAGUUUGAUUUGAAUAAAUAAAUGUGAAUAGGCACUAUAUAUUUAAACAUUGCACACAUAUUUUGUUUCUACAAGAUUGCGCUCUAUUCAUUUUCUGCUAUGAUUGAAUUGAUUGAAGAUUUAUUGUCAGAAUUUAAUUAAACUCAGAAAAAGCUCAUCUAUUAUUAUUGUAAAAUUGUGCUGAUACUUUAGCAAUCAGCUCAACAAAUGUUUAGGAUUUGCGUUUCGCAUCACGUAGUUGCCCCUUAAGGCAUCGACAUAGAAUCUUGUUUAGCAUUUCUAAGGUCAAAAUGACUAGUUUUCCUUGCUUAUUAAACGUGAGUAGUUUGAAUACCAUUCAUUGUGAAUAUGAUCUUCCCAUGUUUAGUACCUAAAUUUUGUUUAAAAACAAAUUUUAAUCUUCCAUAAUCUUGCUCAAAAAUGUAUUUAAAAACAUGUCUAGUGCCAUAUUAUAAUCUGUACUUACUAAUGCACUGUGCUUUUCAAAUCACAGUAUAACGUGACGAAAUGAAUACAGUAAUAAUUUGCUUUGCAUAGACCAUAAAAGCGUAAUUUAAAAAAAACCUGAAUAUUUAAUUUAAGGGUUGCAUUCUGAAUUAUUCACAACGACCAUCGGUAGUCUCUUUUCUUUACUCAUACAAAGUGGACUGCACUAGUUCGGUGAUUUUUUUAUAGAUUUUGAAUUUUAGUAAUGAAAAUAUAGUGAUAAUAGCCAUAACUUGUGGUAUUACUGUACACACAAUCAUUGUAUUUGUGUGCCGCCGCUUCGUACUGAUAAACGGUAGUAUUUGUAAUGUAAUAAAGCAGGCUGAUUAAUUGCCUUUUUACAUGUGUAGUGAUAGUUCGUCUAAAAUAUGUAUAUUCUAGUAGCAAAUUAGGAUUGUAAGUGUGUUUGUAACAGUUACAGUUGAUUGGGUAUAAGAUCCGUUUUGUUUUUGUCAAAGUAUAAAAUUUGUAAAUUACACAACGAUGACGUAAUCGAUCGACAGUGAGGCACGAAACCGCAAAUAUUUAUACUAUUUUAUAGGUAUCCUUUUUCCUUAAACUAGUGCAAUAUAGACUUCCAUAUUAAUUACACUCUACUACUCUAUUAUUAAAUUAAUAUUAUAGGGUAAUGAGAGAAACAAGCAUUCGGAUUUUUUUUAUUACAGUAGUUUAUUUUUAGAUACCUACUGUUUUUUUCUUCUUCUUUAAGUGCAUCGAAACUUUCAAAACUAUCUGAAAUACCUACGUAGUAAUAAGCUGUAGGUAUAGAUUCGGUGAAUCGUCGCCGUACAUAGGUAUUACUUAGUUUUAUAUAGAACAAAAUUAGACUGAACAAAGAUCCGGUAAGAAGUUAGGAUACGAUAUAAUGGUCAAUAGAUUUUUCAGCAAAAUAGUGACAAUUUUUUUUAAGCUAUUGCAUAGAUUUUAUCGCGGGCCUUGAGCGCGGCGACCGAAUCAUGAAAUUCCGUAACGAAAAAAACCUUACACCCCUCACUCCACUCAUUCGUUGCGCUUGGGUAGUGUUUGUGAAUAAGCGCGUGGCGUGACGUCACACUGCAUGCACAUCAUGAAAAGUCUGCCCAUCUCUCUCUCGCGCGGUCUAGCUUAUGAGUGUGAAGGGGACAGUUAAGGUUUUGCUUUUAUUAAUGUUUAAUGUAGCGUGGUCUUGUUUUAUUAUUGUUUUAAUAUUAAAUUAUCAUUUUCUAAUUAUAAUUGGAUAAGUUGAUAAAAAAUGCUAUGCAAUAGCUUUACCGCGGCAAUUCCCGAGUGCCACACGUUUGUUUUUUUAGUUUGAUUUAAAAAUACGAACUGAUAUUCAAAAUUCUCGGAAGACUAAAUAAUUGAUUAGUACUAUAAUAUGUGAUUUUUUUGUAUGAUUAUAAUCUAAUCUUAAGGAAUAUUUAUUUUGCAUUUAUUUUAUUAAAAGAAUGUGAGUAUAUACAUUUCAAGCAGUUAUAUUUAUUGUUUUGUAGUAUUAUACAUUAUCCGUUAUUAUGCCAGGUGUUCCGGAAACGGUAUUAUGCUAUAUUGAAAGAUUAAUAUCUAAAAAAUAUUAUAAACUUAUUUAAAUAUAUGUUUUUGGUAAAAUUUAUGCUUUUUAUAAAUACGUAAAGAAACUGCAAAUUCAUCAACCCUAUAAAUAAAGAAUAACACCUUUUCCGGAAUAUAUUAUAAAAGCUAAACUAUAGCUAAAUUUGUCAAUGAGUUUGAUACUAUUGAUUUCUCAGUUGACUGUGAUUCACAUUGUAUACAAUAAUAUAAUACUUAUUGUAAUUGAAUUACGUAAAUAUUCGUUUCUAAAUAAUCUCUAUUUGAUGAAUGUCUACAGUCUGCGUUACUAUAAUACUUUUUGUUCCUUGUUUUUUUUUUUUUAAUGUGAGUGUGUGACAUAGUUAUGUUUUUGUUGAUUUCUGAUUAUGUUAAUGAGGGUGGCAGGAAAUUUCAAAAGAAAAAUAGAUUUGUUACGGUGUUUGCUAUCGUUAUUAAACUUUAUCUGUUAUUUCCAAAUUUGAACAUGGAAUAAAGAAUAAACUAGAAACCGCAAAAUUCUGUUCUUAGUUUUAUAAAGGAAAUGUAUAAUCUUGAACGCCUUUUUGCAAUAAUGAUAAUAAAAAUUUACAGAUAUUAGUGCGUCCUACCUAUACCAUAUUUUUAUAAUCUUACAAAAUUAUUUUAAUUCUUUCAUUUGGUUCUUAAAAUUCUAAGAUUAGCUAACAAUGUUCGAUAUUGUAGUCAAAAUAAACUGUAUUCACGAAAAGAGGUUUUAAUGGUACUUUACUUUUGACCGCAUACUUUUAUAGCAUUAUAUUUGAGCCUAUUAAUUAGUCUCGAAUGGUCGCGGCUCCUUGAUAAUUCUAUAUUGUUUUCUUUGAAAAUUGAACUAUGCUAAUAUUAAGAUUAUUUUUACAAAUAUUUAUGUCAGUGUAUUCUGUUUCCUUAUAUUUUUUAUAAAAAUAGUCUUCAAAAUAAAUGGAUACAAUAUA